AUGUCGGAACGGAACAUUAACCGUACGUAUUGGUCUGAUGAGUGGUUUUUGCUUCCUGAAUCUAUCAAACCCAAGGAAUUGAAGUCUUUUCUAACCGACAGUGAUAAAAUAGGAUCCUUUUCCUUCAUGUGGUUCACAGUAUUCAUAAUAUCAUUGCUUGCAUACAUGAUUUUCUCCUUUGUCUAUGAAUACUCAUACGCAAUGAAAAAGAGGAUCCAAAGAAGACAUGAAGAAGCAUUGAUUUCUCAAAAGCCUAUAUGGAUUUCUAUCUGUGAUUAUCAUACAAAACUAUCACCUGCUGCACAGGAUGCCUACCUCGAAUAUUCUCAGAGAAUGUUCGAACAGCUAAGGGGGCGCUUAGAAGUGGAAAAGGCACAGUCCACCGCCAUUCAAAACGCCAAGACCAAAGCUGAAGAAGAAUUGAAUGGCCUAAAGCGCCUAACGGCAUGGGCUUGUAAGCGUGCACAUUUCUCCAAAUGGAAGUUCAAAGAGCAAAGGCAUAUCAUACUGGAGGAUAUGGUAUGA